UCUGUUCUCCGGAAGCGAGAUUCGGAGUCUUGUCCGGAGUCGGCUGCGCGUGGGAGCGCGGGCCCCAGCGCAGGCCGGGAUGUUUGUCCUGGUGGAGAUGGUGGACACCGUGCGGAUUCCCCCGUGGCAGUUUGAGAGGAAGCUCAACGACUCCAUUGCCGAGGAGCUGAACAAAAAGUUGGCCAACAAGGUCGUGUACAACGUGGGGCUCUGCAUCUGUCUGUUUGACAUCACCAAGCUGGAGGACGCCUACGUGUUCCCAGGGGACGGCGCGUCGCACACCAAAGUCCAUUUUCGCUAUGUGGUGUUCCAUCCCUUCCUGGACGAGAUUCUGAUUGGCAAGAUCAAAGGCUGUAGCCCGGAGGGAGUGCACGUCUCUCUAGGGUUCUUCGAUGACAUUCUCAUUCCCCCCGAGUCGCUGCAGCAGCCAGCCAAGUUCGACGAGGCAGAGCAGGUGUGGGUGUGGGAGUACGAGACCGAGGAAGGAGCGCACGACUUGUACAUGGACACCGGCGAGGAGAUCCGCUUCCGGGUGGUGGACGAGAGCUUUGUGGACACGUCCCCCACGGGGCCCAGCUCAGCCGAGGCCACGUCUUCCAGUGAGGAGCUGCCGAAGAAGGAGGCGCCGUACACGCUUAUGGGAUCCAUCAGUGAGCCAGGCCUGGGCCUUCUCUCCUGGUGGACCAGCAGCUAGCCGUGGGGCUUGACGGCGGACCUUGGCCAGUCCGGCAGACCCCAGCCCAGCCCCGGGGAAGGUGGUGCAGCCGGCCGUGACAACCACGGCCGCUUCCACAGAUGCCGAGGAGCAGAGUGCGUGCCCCGCCAGACGAGCUAUCCCUGAAGUCACGCUCUCCCUCUGGACCUCUGCCUCUUGGCGACGGCGCACGCUUUUAAUAAAAGACGGGAUCAGUCAGGGAGGAGCCACCUUUAUCUCCGUGAUCUAAGGUCACCGAGCUGCCACAGCUGGGACCGCCUGUCCUUCCUGUGCCCGGGUCACUUCUGCAGGUGACCUGCCCCCAUGGCAGGACUUGGGGGUUGAGGGCCUCAGGCUGGGCUCUGGGCUAAGCUUGGUGGCUCCCUAAAGUAACUGAGCGAGAGGCUGGCCUGGGGUAGCUGCUAGCUGUUGUCAAGUCUUGACCUUUCAGGGACAACCGCCUUUUUCCCCACCAGCAUUUGGAAGGCAGGGGCCUGGACUCAGGCAAGCCAGCACCGUCAGGAAAGUGGAGGCCGUGGGCUUAGGUGGCCCAAGGGCCGGGCUGGCGACCAGCUGUGUUAUCCCCCACCCACCACCCCCGGCAGGACAGUGGUCACUUUCAGACCUCGGCCACGCCAGGAACACUCCGUGGGCCUGCUGGCGGCGCCAAAUCCCAGACGAGGGCACACAGCACCUUGUUUAUUCAGCACAAGGGCUCUGCCAGGUUCCUCCUGCCUCUUCACUCACUUCCGCAGGACCCGCAGGCUUGUUUCAUGGCGCCCACAGGACACCGAGUUUCUGUCAGGCAAGUCUCAUGCUGAGGAAGGGCCCUCCCUGGAGCCCACCUCCUGCUCUGGCCGCCUCUGCUCCACGGGCACCGGGGCGUGGGUCCUGCCCGGGGACGGCGCUCCAGCGGGAGAAGCAGCUGCAGAACGAUGCCCGCCGCCGCGUGGCGCCGCAGCCUUGAGGGAGGGGGCUGAGUCCAUGCCCAGGGGAAGGACACGAGGGGGGCCAUGCAGAUGCUGGGGCGCGGGGAGGGGAGGCUGGCCCAGGGCGCAGGAAGGUGGGGCUGAGAAGACGCGGGAAAGCAGCCUUUCCACUUGAACUUCGUGGCAGUGGCAGGUCUGCUGUGGCGUGGCCAGUGGGGGCCUCUGCCGACAGCAACCCGCCCCGCGCCCUGUACGGACACCACUCACACACACGGACAGUCACCGAGUUUGGAUUCUUAUUUUCCUCGUAAGAGCAAAAGUUUCUUUAAAAUCCUUGAGCCACCAGUGAAAUGAGGCAGGAGAAAAACUUUAGAUGGGAGUCUUGUCAUCAAAAAUAAAUACAGUUGAAUGGA